CUCUCUCUCUCCGCCACUCGCGUGCGCGCUCGCCAUGAACGGGAGCUCGCUCCAAGAAAUCACUGAUCUCUUCGCAUCGCUCGCGUCUCACCUCGAAACCCUUGACCGGACCUGUGCAAUCGGCAAUGGGGGAGAAGGGGAGGACGCGGGGAGAUCGUUGGACGCUGCGAUUUCGAAGCUGAAUCGGUCGCUGAACCUCCACGACGGCGACGGCGACGGCGAUGAGGAUCCCGCGGUUCGGUUUCUGGACACCGCCUUGUCUCUCAUGUGCUUCAAAGCUCCUCAGGUGUUUGGUUCGGUAGUGGAUUACACGGUGAAGACGAUUGCUGCGGUUUUGUCCUCUUCAAUUGGCUGCGAGGUGGUUCGCUUCCGAAAAGAGGAAGCUCUGCAGAUAGGGAGCUCGAUUUCGCACAAUGAUUGUGUCCAAGUGGUGGCAGCGUGCAGUGACAUCCUCCCGAAAUUGCAGAGAGACGGAACACUUUCUCACUUACUACUGCAUGCUGUCCUGCGCGUAGCAGUUUCAGCAUCUCACAGUCGGUUUUUGUUCCCUCUGGCUCGCAUUGUUGAUGUAAAAUCAGUCAGUGGGAGAAUAAUUGCAGCAUCAAAGCUCCUUGACUAUCUACCCAAAGGAUUUUGUCUUAAGGAUGACGAAACACCAUCAAGGCUGUUAUUCUGGUACCUCGAUCCAGCGAUUCUGAGCAAUGACAUUUCUAAGAUUUUGCAAGAAGUUAUGGAAAGACCUUUCCUUUGUUUGCAUAAGGAAUUGCAUGAGAGGAUGUCCUGGCGGAAUAUUGUUGCUUGCUUGGUACUUUCUCCUAUAAUGUUUUUCGAGGCAAAAGCUUUAUUACAUAGAUGGUUUCUGGAGACGGGUUUGGCUUUUGUGCUGGAGUUUUCAACUAUAUUAGUCAAGGUGAUUCUGGAUGUAAUUUCUAGGCCAAUGUGGUGGGGGAUAUCGAUGGAAACGGGAAUGAAGCUGCCCUUUUCUGAUGCCUAUUUCCCCUUUCACCACCAAUUAUUGAGGUCUUUCAUGGGACCUAUAUCAUGUGCGACACUUUUAAAUUUGGUUGAUUUUACUAGCAACAAGAGUUCCACUGCGAACUCAGAUGUGACAAAGGCGGCAAGGAUAGAUUCACAAGUCUAUGUGGUGAAUACGAUGAUGGCACAUGCAAUCAACUUCCCAGUUUGGUUCUAUUUUGCUUCCCUCACUCUUCUAUGCGAUGAAAGUUUACACAUGCAUUGCACAUUUGGGCAAACCCAUACAACUGACCAGAUGCAGAACACGAAACCCUUGUCCGGUCGAACUGCUGCCGCAAGGUACAUUGCGUGGAUUUUGUGCCCGAUCAAUAUAGCUCGUCAGGAAUUGCUAGUCGAUCAUUUGAUUAAGCUAUCAGAGUCUUGGGCUGUGAAUCAAUUUUCCUCAGGUGUACGGGAUGUAGAAACAGCUGUCUUGAGGAAGAAGCUCAAGAAACCCAGGCUUUCUGAGGAUAAUGCCAAUAAUAACUUGAAGGAGGAGGAGCAUAAUUGCCGUAGCAUAGAGAACUUGGUUGAAGAUUUCCAGAACCUGUAUCGAUGGUAUUGCACACAGUUUAUGAACUUUCGUGCGUCAUGCGAAGGACAAUCAAUUGAUGGGUGCCUGCAGCAGAGUAUGAUGUUCAGGGAAAUUCCAUUAGGUAUCUUGAUAGGACAGUCAAGCUUUAUGGAGGAAGAUGUGUGCGAGCUGUUGCUGCAUUAUGCCUCAACCGGCAGAAUACUUCAGCCAGGGAAAACCAAGAAAGUGGAACUGAAGGACAUAAGAAGCUAUUCUGAAGGACCAGUAUCAGCUGUAUGGAAUGAUGAUUGUGUCAAGGAAGAGGCAAUCAGAGGUGCUCGUCUGAUCUUCGAGUUAACUGAUAUUGUUGAGAACAUGUCCUCAUCGAUGUGUGAAACUGAAGAGAGUGAAUUGGGCUUUAUCUGCCGACUGAAAGAACGGACUGUUGGGUACUUGGUCAAGUGCAUCAAGUCACUGAUUCAGCUGGAAACAUUUGAGGGUAAAUCUUCAAUGCUAUUGGAUCUACAUCGUAGGUUGCUGCAGUGGAAGCAUAACGGGCGGAAACAAUUCAAGGUUCCCGAAGAUCUAGAUCACAUCACACUCGAAUUGAAUCAUCAAUUAUCCACAACAUGACUGAAUUUGUCAAGGUAGCUGUAAAGUUAAAAGCUACAGAUUAUUCUCUACUGAGCUUUGCACAAUUCAAAUCCACCCCCCAUUUUAUUGCCAAAUCAAUAUGUGCAAAUGCGGUCAUGAAAUUUGUCAAACAAAACACAUUGAGGACUUGCAUGAGAAACACCUCGGCAAAGAAUUAUGACGUUACAUAAACUUAUGUAUCGUCAGAAAAGCAAGGACAUGGAGAAAAAUCUUGUUUAAGGAUGUGGAUCGUGUUACAGUGCGUUGCAACUUCCCCAUCGUAAAGUUGGGAUUAGAACUAUAUUAGGCAGAUAAAAGGGUGUUUAGAACUUCAUCUUAGUCUUUCAUAGAACAAAGGGAAUCUUGGAUUGUUGUCAAUAUAGCGGCCAUUAAGCUCCAAUGGCCUUUGGCUAAUUUUUCAUAUUUUGUCAAAGUGGUUGGGACGGUA